UACCGCCGCGGAAAAUUCCUUUCACACUGUCACACUAUACUUUACCCUCAUUUCCCGAUUUCACCCUUCUCCGUCAUUUCACUAAGUUCCCCAAAUACCACUCGCCCUCACUGGAUUAAGAGAUAAUGACAAUUAUGAGGUCUCGCGAGGUCGCUCCGGCAACCAAGCCUAAAAUCUCUUCAAAAACCUUAGAAAAUGGUGUAUUGGAACCGGCAACUCCAUCGAAAUCUCUUGAGACUUCAGUCCAGCCUUUAUGUGACGUGACUCCGGCUUCUCCUACUUCGGCUAGUCCUGAUAUUCCUCGUGUUGCUAGAAGGAGGAGUUUGAGAUUGGCUUCUAAAACCGGUUUGAGUGAAGUUGGCGAAAAUUUGAAUCAUAAAGGAAAGAGUAAGGAUUUUGAAAUUGAUAAUGGGAAGAGUUUGAAAAAUGCUUUUGGUGUAGAAAGCUCGGCUUUGGAUGAAGAUAAGGGUUUAGAGGUGUUACAUAGUGAAGAAGUUGAAGAAAUAAGUCAGAAUGAAUCUGAUGAUAUAGGAAAUUUAGUUGAAUAUGUUAAAGAGGGGAAAGGGGAGAAAAGGGCGAGUAUGGAAGUGCAGGUAGAAGGGGACACUAAGUUUUUGAGUUUGCGGUCUGGCAAGAAAAUCUCGAAGGGAGCAGUUGAAGAAAGCAGUGGUGGCUCCGUUGGCAAGAUUGGAAAUGUUCAGAAUGGUUGUGAUGAGAAGUUGUCUCAAGGAAAGCUACGUGAAGGAAUGUCAAACAGUUGCGUUUCAGUUGAGCCUUCUAGUGUUAAGAGGAGGAGGUUCAGUAGAGAAGAGAAAUGUAAAGGCACAGUUUCUGAACAGGGUUUGUCAGUGAUUCAUUCGGUGAAAUUGGAAUCAGAGGUAGCAUUCGAGAUGCCAAUUGAGCAGACAGUACCUCAGUCUGCUUGUUUGUCAGAAGCCGUAGAUCUGGCUGUUCAGGGUGAUGGGCAAGGUGCCAUUUUGAAAAAUGGUCCUUCAAAGACAAGAAGGAAGCUUAGCAGAGAGGAAAAAGGAAAAAAGGUGAUGGGGGUCGAUGAUUUGCGUCAUGGUAUUGAUACAUUGGAAGUAAAAUCCGAGCAUGGGGCAGAGGUACUUGUCGAUGAUAUCGUUUCAGGAGCUAUAAAUUUAUCAGAGAAUAGGACAAUUCAGGAUGGAACUCAAGUUGCAGAUACCGAUGGCAGUCUAACUGCUACAAGAACAGUUCAUAGAGACAGGUUUAGGGAUAUUGCUAGACGAAAUGCUUCCAGGUUUGCUCAUUUCUCUUCCCAAGAGGAACAGGAGAUCAAUGUCGCUGAUGAGGCUUCUGAGGAAAUUCCACAGGAGGUAGUUGUCACUGAAGAAAUAGAAGACUGGCCCGGUCCAUUUUCAACUGCUAUGAAGAUUAUUAGAGAUCGUGAAACAAACAACAAGCAUCAGCAGCAGAGUAAAUCUGAGAAAAGUAAGAUUGAAGUGGUAUGGGUUCCCAAAAAGGACCAGCAGUGCCAAUCUACAAAGCUGGUGGUUCCCUCACUACAAGACCUAUGCAUGGGCAUUUUAGUGAAGAAUGCAGAUGCAAUCACUUCACUUGAUUGUGUACCUGAUGCACUCAGGCACAGGAUUUGCCAGUCACUGUGCGACUCUCGGAAAAUGACGUAUCAAUUUUUUGAACUUCUUAUCCGUGGAUCUCCUACAGAGAUACGCAUAAGGGAUUGUUCAUGGUUGAACGAGGAGAAGUUCACACAGAGCUUUGAAGGAUGCGACACCAGCAACUUGGUGGUGCUUCAACUGGAUCAGUGUGGUCGCUGUAUGCCAGAUUAUAUCCUAUUGGCUACAUUAGCUCGUUGUCCAAACAAUCUUCCUGCAUUGACGACUUUAUCCUUGAAAGGUGCAUGUCGUCUUUCGGAUACCGGGCUUACGGCGAUCAUCUCUGCAGCACCUAAUUUAAGGUCAAUGAAUCUCAGCCAAUGCUCUUUGCUGACAUGUGAUGGGAUUAGCUGUUUAUCUAAUUCAUUGGGAUCAGUUCUGAGAGAGUUAUAUCUAGACGAUUGCGAAGCAAUAGAUCCCAUGCUUAUUCUUCCAGCAUUACUAAAGCUAGAACAUCUGGAAGUUCUAUCACUAGCUGGAAUCCAGACUGUAUGUGAUGCUUUUAUUAAAGAAUUUGUCACUCAUCGAGGUCAGAGUCUGAGAGAGAUUGUUCUGAAGGGAUGCAUGGAAUUGACUGACUGUUCUCUGAAAGAGAUUUCACAAAACUGUCCUGGAUUACGCGCUAUAGACCUGAGUGACUUGCGUAAAUUGACAGACUCUGCAAUUGGACAUCUUGCCACUGGUUGUAGAGCAGUUGACAAGCUAAAACUAUAUCGCAAUGCAUUCAGUGAUGAAGCUGUUGCUGCUUAUGUGGAAACUAGUGGCGAGUCUUUGAAGGAACUGUCUCUCAAUUGUGUCAGUAAGGUUUCACACAACACUGCAAUCUCUCUAGCCAAAUGCUCAAAAAAUCUGAUUAGUCUGGAUUUGUCUUGGUGCCGCAACUUGACAAAUGAUGCCCUGGGAUUGAUUGUUGAUAACUGCUUGUCAUUGGAAGUACUAAAAUUAUUUGGCUGUACUCAGAUUACUAGUGUUUUCCUGGACGGGCACUCAAAUCCCCAAGUUCAGAUCAUUGGAUUGCAAUUUACUCCAAUACUACAGCACAUUGAGGCACUCGAUUCUUUGCAGCAGGGGCCGCUACGAUAUUCAGCAGUACCAUCUUUAUUCUGAUGAUUUUAUUUAAAGUAUUAAAAAUGGGACUUAAUAUCCUCUGAAUGUGAGAGGUCAUAACCUCACCCCUCACUUCCUUUUGAAACUAGAUAGGCUGUUUUGUGGUUAUGUGAUGUCAAAUGGCAACUUCCCAUGCUCAUGUUGAGCUUUUGCCUAUAUCUAAAGGACUGGACAUGUUUCUAUCGGGGAUGUUUUUUGAUCCUAGCAAAAAAAAAUUGUUUAUUGCUCUGUAAUUUAGCAAAUUUUGUAUUGGUUUGUGAACUAUCUAUCAUGUUCUCGUUUUCGGGUG